UUAAAAUUGCACAUAUUUAGUCGUCGAUGGACUUUUGCAAAAGCAAUGUGUAGUCAUCAUAGCCUACGCUAGCGGAUUAUUUUUUCUUGUCACUCGUCUAGUUUUACGCUUUAAAAAUAAAAUCAUCAAUCAGAUGCAGCUGGUGGAGGAAGGAGGGACUUGCAAAUAGUGACACAAUCGAUUUUACUUUCCUUGAGGCGAACCCGUGUGCCGCCACCCGUGACCGCCCUAUCUACAAAUGCAACGUCGUGUAUGGUGUGCAUACAAAAAAGUAGUACCAAGCAAUACAGAAUGGCGCGGAGCGACUUCUGGCCGCAGCACUGUUUGUUUAUAAAGAAAAAAUUGCUAACCAAUUUUAUAUUUGUGAAAGUGAAAUUGUGUCAUUGGAACAUUCGCAACAAUAAAAACUAUCUCGUGCUACGUCAUUGUAAGGGGACUGUCGUGCGAGACUGAAUUGUUGUCAAAACAGCCCUCUGUGCCCCCAAAACCCCGCGAGUCCCAUUUAUACAAUUACAUUUUGUGUACAUGCUCUGCUCAUAUAUAUGUAUUUGUGUAGCCCUCUACAUUUUGUAAAUAUGAGGUUAGGCUAAGGUUAACUGUUAUUCGGAACCAAGUUCAACAACAAUGGCCUGUGAAAACGAGUACGAGGAAAAUGUCGACAGUCUCCGAAAACUUUUCAGUGCGAAUAACAUUGUGUCCUUCAAUAUACAGCAUAUGAAGUGCAGUGCCGGCAGUAGUUCCGGUGACAACUACAUGUCGGUUGUAAAACGCAUACAAAUUCGAGGUCAUCGCAAUACAAAUGACCACCACAAAGAUUCAAAGUCUAUCAUUAUUAAACGACAGAUACCUAGUUUAUCUAGACGGCAAUUGUACCGAUGUGAUGAAGCGUUUUGCAACGAGAUAAAUGCCUACAAUCAUAUAGUCCCUCUACUAGAUCGAUAUAUGCCCGAUACGAUAUUUCCCAAAUGUUUCUAUGCUGGACAUGAUGGCAAGGGAGAGAUCAUUGUCUUGGAGGAUUUAAAGGAGGAAGGCUUCCGAAUGCAAAAUCGCAUAAAGGGUCUUGAGUUGAAUCAUUGCGAAAUUGUUAUGAAACAACUGGCGAAACUUCACGCAGCUUCCAUUGCUGCCAAACAAUUAGACAACGAAAUGUUUCGUGACAAAUGCAAACAAGUGCGCGAAAUAGUCUACUGCAAAGAAGCUGAAGAAUUCUAUAGGAACAUAUUGGAAACGUCUAUUGAAGAGUCCCUGGAUAGUUUACGAACGUCAAAUAGCGAUGGAUGCUUAACAGAGCCGAUAAAAUUAAUAGAGAAACUGCAAUACAAGUUAUUUGGAAAAAUUCAGAACAGCAUUAGCAACCCAACUGAUCAUAUGAGUGUGAUGUGCCACGGUGAUCUCUGGGUGAACAAUAUUAUGUUCACAACGACCAAUGCAGACUGCAAAGAAUUUGACGAAGAAGCUUAUAAUGGAACCAACGCAAUCAAUACCACAAAGAGUUUGCCACGCGACGUAAGAUUUUUCGACCUUCAAGCGAUGCGUUACACAUCUUUAGUAUUUGAUAUUUUGCAUUUCAUUUACACCAGCACAAAACGCGAUUUAAGAGACGCAUACACCAAGCAUUUGCUAGAAACCUAUUCUGUGGAGUUGUCAGCCACGCUGGAGAAGCAAUUUAUACACUCUAUAAGGGAUCUGGAUUCGCUGCGGAAUACAUACUCAUUGCACAAUAUUACCGAGGAGUACUACAAGCAUGUACUUUAUGGGCUAGCUGUAUGCAUGUGGAUAUUGCCUGCGGUGACCUUCGAUCCCAACAAUAUACCCAAUCUUGAUGCCAUAAGCGAAAUGAAUAGUAGCGCAAAAAAAAUCAAGUGCACACAAAAACUAACACCUGAAUAUCAUUCCCGCCUGAAGGACUUAGCUUUGGAGUUCUAUCAGAAUGGAUAUUUCAAUUUAAGUCUAAUUGAAGAUUAAACAUAACUCCAUUACAAAUGUACCUUUAAAUAUUGUAGUAUGUCCCUUUCCGGGGAAUAAAGUCAUUUAUUGUAUUUAUUUCUAAACAUAAUUAUACAUAAAAUGUACAAAGUACAUCUUACUUACUUACUACUUAUACAAAAA